AUGUCUUCCUUCCAAGCCGUUAACGUUAUCUGGAACGCUCCUGCCGGCCCAGAUGGAACCAACAACAUGUGGGUUUUGGAGCACUGCCAAACUCUCUUCGAGGAAUGCCGCAUUCAGAAUCUCAGCGACAAUCUCCCUGAUCCGACUAAGCAAACCACGAACGCCAUCAAGAUGCCGCAGAAAUCACAGCACGCGCAUCCCGAAGACCUCAAGCCACUCGAAGGGUUCACAGACCCGGCUACUGAAGACCCUAUUACUCCGCUGAGACCUCCCAACUGUCCUGGUCCGUCUGAUCAGGGCGACGGACCUGCUCCCAUGUGGAUUCCGAGUAACAACGCGUCUGCCAUAAGCAUGAUGUAUAAUCGCUGGGGCAAGGGCUUUUCGCAAGAUGGUUCUUGGGGGAAGUGGACAAACAACGAGUCAAAAACCUACCUCCCUGGUAUCUACAACGCGGUUGGACAUUUGGUUAAGCAGUCUUGGAUGGCCUCUGACGAUGUCCAAAGUCUUGCGGCAUUUGCUGCUCGAGAUGCCAAGGUCAAUUGCUUUGUUGCCGACAGCCCUCCUUGGAGCCGCGACACCCCUACUGUGACGGCCAGACCUGAUCAGAAGGACCGGAUUCGAAAGGCGGACUGCCUGGCGUUCGUUACCCAUCACAUCAAUCAUUUCACUGCCCUCUUCGUUAACCAAGUUACUGGACGAUCUUUCUGGUAUGACAGUAUGUGGAGAGACGGAGAUGCAACCCUUCGGUACGCUAUUGAUAUGGACCGUCUCUGCAAGUUCUAUCAGAGCGUCAAUGCUGCCCCCAACCUGAUCAAGGUGAUCCGCAUGAAAGCAGGCAUUGUGAUCGGCCCUCAACAGCCUGACGAGUGGACUUGCGGAAUGCAUGCAGCGGAAUUCAUCAGAUGCUGCAUCCGAGACAACGUUACCAACAUCGCAAAGAGUCCGACUUGGACGAAGGUUUGGAACGAUAGCAGAGGCAACGUCAUUGACCACGUUAACCAUUUCUGGCGUCAAUGGGUUACUGAAGAGUUCAGUAAACCAGGAAACUACGGCAGAAAGGACCUUCGCAAUAAGCCGAGGCUUGUACUGGACAGUUAUGACAAGAGACUUCGACAAGAAGCAUCCAGCAAGCCUGAUCAGACUAAGGAGGACACACCGGAAUUCUCUAACACCUUUCCUGGGACUUUUAAGCCCAUCAAAAAGACGCCUUCUUCAGCACCUCAAGACGACGAUCUCACCAGUCUCUUUGGUUCGAUGCGCCCCCCCUCAGAUACUGGUGCGCCACAGGACCAGCCAGGCUUCUCUACCACGCCAGCCCCAGAAGGUAACGUGGUGAGGCCAUCUCCUAAGCCUGAUCAGGCUCAGGAUGUAGACGACGAAGAGGAGGUUAGCGAUGCUGAGUCUGAGGCCACCGCGAAGCCCGCGCUCCCGCGCUGCCCCCUUAACCUCAAGCGAUUGUCUAAUGUGGCUUCUACUGCGUACAUGAAGGCUGAAGGACAGCGAAAUGCUUAUGAGAAAGCCCUGUUCAAUACACAGGAGCAGCGCCACAAGCUAAGGGAGCGCAGGGUCAAGUCUAUUACCGACUACACCAGGGACGAAUAUGUUAGUAUGUUCGAGAACCCUUAUGAGACGGUGGCAGUGCGACAGCGCCCUUGGCAGCUGUUUCUACGACCUACAAUUGCACCUGGAUGGGAGGGUCAUAAGCGGUAUGAUCAGGGACGGGAGUGGGAUGCUAAGUUCGAGGAGGAGCGUCUCGAGGCUGAGAGGGAGGCAGCUCGUAACGAGGCGAGUGGCUCGAGAUACUCUUUCCGCCGCCGCUAG